AUGGCUUUCAAUAAGAAAUACGCCGGUCUUCCUGACCUGGACCCUUCCCCGGAUAUCUAUGAGACCCCCGACUUGACCGACGAAGCAUCCACUGUCCCUCCUACCACUCUUCGCACAGACUCCGAUCAUGAUGAUGCCGGUUCCAGCUCGGACAUUGACCGUGAAGGCGUCAACGCGGAUCAGGCCCGUAUGCAUUUCAUGGGCGCCACUGUGGAUGCCCGCGAUGCGAAUUUCUCAGAUAGCAUUUCCAUGAAGCGGCAGGCAUACCGAAGCAAAGAUAAGCAUCGUCGUCACCGACGCAGACGUGAAGAUGGCACCGAGGAGGUCGGCGACUUAAGCGAUAGCGAGGAUGAGUCGGUGGAGCGGAGACUUGCACGGCUGCGCAGAGAGGUCGAGGAGCUCAAGGUGGAAAUGGCCAACCGGCCCGAGGGCCAGGAGAACGGCGAUGAGCCACGGGGUACAUCCACAGACAAGCCAGAAGAGAGCCUGGGUGAUGGUGUUGCGGAGCUGAGUCGCGCUUUGGAUAAUCUCCACGCCUCGCGGGGUGUAGUGACUCCGUCGCACUCGGCUGCAGCAGCACUCACCCAGAAGCUGGUAUCCGAUCCCAGUUCUGCUGCGCCUGCAGAUGGAAAGACACAAGCGGCCAAUGCCUCGACAAUGGCAGUCUCCACAGUACCGGCAGCGGCUGCAUCUUCGUCAGGGAUUCUCUCCCACGCCGCAGCGUUCGACAGUCGUCUCGCUCUUCUCGAAUCAUCCAUGGGAAUUUCUAGUUCCUCCAACCCAUUCGUCGCAGACGGCUUCAGCCAGACAGCUUUGCAGCCCGUCCUCCCAUCCCUGGACCAGCUCACCUCCCGUCUCUCAGCAUUGACAGGCCUCCUUGUGGGCAACCCAUCAUCCGGAAAUUCAGCUACACCUGGCUCAGUGGCAGGCCUGACAACCCCACACCUUGAAGCGCUGUCUGCACGGGUACGGAAGUUAACCACAGACGCCGAGGCCCUGACAACGGCUCGCAGACGCGCAGUAGACGCCGCAAAGGCCGCUCACAACGCGCGAAUCACCUCGGCAAGCUCCGAAACCGACGCACCCGCCUCGGAGCCUGUCCCGGCCGCGGAUGAUGAGCACGCAGCUAAGAUCCAAGCCCUAUACGCCACCCUUCCCACCAUCCAAUCCCUCCACCCUCUCCUUCCCAGUGUUCUUGAGCGUCUACGCUCUCUGCGCGCAUGUCACGCAGGCGCAGCCCACGCCGCAGACUCUCUGAACGAGCUCGAAAAGCGUCAUGCCGAAAUGGCCUCUGAGAUCGAGCAGUGGCGCGAAGGCCUGACAACUGUCGAGGAGAAGAUGCGCCAGGGCGAAGGGGCCCUCCGCUCAAACGUCGAGACUGUCGAGCCUUGGGUGCGGGACUUGGAGGCUCGUCUUGGGCGUCUUGAAGGUCCGCCUGGUGGACUGUAG